AUGUAUCCUGAGUCGGGUAGCCAGCUUGAUCAAAAGUCGGAAAUCUUACUUACCAGGAGCCUUUCUCAUUUCAUUGGCUUGAUUACUAGUCAGCCAAGCUGGAACUUCUUCCGUCCCGAAUAUGCAAUCCAAAAGAAUGGACUUGCAGCCACAACAAUACUUGAUUUCCGUCCACUCAUCCUUGCUACCGUUAUGUGGACGCCGGCGAAAUCAGCUGGAGGUCUUGGAAAAAAAAAAGCAAACGAGUUCCCAUCACUGGCUCUUGUCGCUACAAACAAACUCUACGUGGAAUUCAAUUCCUUAUCUCUGCUACUGCCCCUUGAACUCACCCCGCAGUCGUCACAAAAGUGCCGGCGAGGCGUGAGGCGAUCUUUUCCCUGUCGCAUUACAAUUUUCUCUCAUACAACAGCUGCAAAGGCACCCACACCAGAAUUUCUAGUCCCCAAUCUCUCGCUGAACAUGAGUGCUUUGAUUUCACUGAUAACUUCUUAA